CCCAUAUCCGGAGGAUGCAUUGAGUAGCUGAGCAGAUCCUCAGCCCCCAGGGGGCUGUGUGUGUGUGUGUGUGUGUGUGUGUGUACACACACUAACAAAAUUCUAGGCUUUACAGGGUGCCAGGGGUAGCCAAAGAGAGAACAUGUCUGUGCCUUGGGAAGAGUAUUUCCAGUUGAUCUUGGAAGAAAAGCUGCUGGCAGAGAAGCCUCCGGUGCAUGAGGACGGCUAUAUCAACCAUGCUACCCAACUGCUGGAGAAGAAGCGAGAGAUGGUAGAGAUGGAGGAGGCCCUGCAGGCUAAGAAGGAGGAGUUCCAGGUAAAGAUGUCAGCUCUGAAGCAGCGAAGGGAGGCACUGGACCAGAAGGAAGAUGCAUUGAAGGAGUCGAUGGUCCGCUUUGACAAGUUCCUGAAGGACACAGAGGCCAAGAAGAGCCGGGCCCUGCGCCGUGCAGAGGAAGGGCGACAGACUGCCUCCCAGAAGGAGGCUGAAGCUGCAGCAUUGAAGGAGGAAUUGAAGGGGCUCAUUCAGAGGAAGGAACAGCUGGAGCAGCAACUGCACAAAUACAGACCCUUUGCCCAGUACCUAGAGCAGGUGGUGGCCCAGUCUGAGCAGUUUGAGGAGAUCCCCGAGCUGAUGGCCCGGUUCAGUGGGUUGUCAGAAACCCGAGCCAUCCUGACUGAACAUGAGCAGGCUUUACACAAGGCCGUGGAGGAUGCAAGGGCAGAACUGCUCAAACUGGUAGAAGAAAAGAAUGAUGAGAUCCUGCAUCAGAAUAACCACGUGGCCGACCUGCAGGUCCGAUUGGAGGAGGUCAGGACGCAGGCCCUGCAAUGGGAGUCCAAAUGGGUUCACAUCCAGAAUACGGCAGCCCAGAAGACUUUGCUUCUUGGGCAGAUCAAGAUGGCGGCCCUCAACUUGUUCCAGAUAGUCUGUAAGCAGAAGAAGGAAGUCCCUGCAUUGGCUGUGGAGGACACCGAGGAGCAGCUGGAGCAGGUGUGGGCGCCCAAAGCCCCGGAUGCACCCAAGUGUAUCUCUCAAGCUCUAGAAGUCCCUCUAUCCCAUUAUCUCCUCUGUGCUUCAAUUUGUAAAUGACCUGUUAGUUCAGGAAGUCAGAACACAGUGAAUGAUAUCCAAGUCAUACAGCUGAAUCUUGUACAAGUCAGCAACGUGGGGAAGACUCAAAAGGAAAAAGCCCUGUCCUUUAAGGGGGGUUCUGGACCUGGCUCUAUCUGUAACUUAUUCUCCAUAUAUGGGCAGGUCACUUUCUUUCCUCUGUAAAAUGAAGUCUAAAGUAGAUAUUCUCAAAGGAAACUUCUCUGCCAUGUUAGCAACAAUCCCAGUUGUCCAAUCUAAAGGCCUUUUCCUCCCUCCUCAUCC